AUGGCAAUGCCAGAGAACCGUAAGCGGCCUACCACCGACACCGCGCAGUCGGCCCGAAACCCCACCGCUCCGGACAACCCGCCAUCGCCCGGGGCACGCGUGAAUGUGGCCGUGAGGGUGCGCCCACUGAGCGAGCACGAGUCCAAGACGUCAAGCAUCAUUCGCGUGGUGGGCCACAACUGCCUUGUGUUUGAAGUCAAGGCUGAAGCCGAACCCUUCUACUCUCAAGGGCAGCGGGCGUGCGGGGGCCUCGUCAAGCCAAACCAAACAUUUAUGUUUGAUCACGUCUUUGAUGAAGAUAAGAACAAUGAGUACAUAUUUGAGCACACCACCAAGGAGAUGCCGACGUCGUUUUUUGAUGGCUGCAAUAUCUUCGUGUUCGCGUAUGGUGCAACUGGAGCCGGCAAGACGUUCACGAUACUGGGCCCGGAGGAGUGUCCCGGAGUGCUCCUGACGGCCAUCGAGCUCUACUGGCGUGUCGACAAGCUCCGCUACGAGGUCCACUCGUGCGACGUGGUGGUCGCCUACCUGGAAGUCUACAACGAGGUCGUACGCGACCUCCUGACGACCGGCCAAAGGCAUCGCCCUCUCAAACCUUUCAAUACACAAGGUGAAAGACUGGCACUGUUAGAGUGGCUCCUGAAAGGCAACAGGAACAAGUCACAGCACGCCACCGAUGCCAACUCAGAGUCAUCACGGUCCAAUGCAAUUUUAGAGGUUUACGUAAUGCAUACGAAGAACGUGACCAGCACGAGCAAGACAAUUUGCCACUCCAAGAUGAGCUUUGUCGAUCUUGCUGGCUCAGACCGUGCCACUGCCAUGAACGAAAACAUGAAGGACCGAAUACGCGAGCCACCCAGAUCAACAUAUCGCUGCUGGCCCUGGGCAACUACAUGGUGCCUUCUCCAAAAGUGGGGCUCAGCGGGUGCCGUACCAGGAUUUGAGCUGACGCACAUCCUGAAGGACUCUCUUGGUGAAAAGUGUCGCACCCUCAUGAUUCUGGCCGUGUCGUCAUCCAAGCUCAGCUACACCGACAAGCACAACACUGUCAAGUACGCCGAGCGGGCCAUGGGGAUCGAGCAGCAGGCCCAGAAAAACGCCCUCAACGUCAGCGUACACAAGCUGAUGUACAACUCGCUCAUAGAGGAGUACAAAGAAAACGUGGAAGGCCUUCAGCGCAAGCUCGACGAGGUCAGAAACGAGAAGUCCGAGCUCGAGGCCCAGGUGGUCGAGCUCAAACAGAGCCUCGCGACGGCCCAGCAAGAUGCCCUGCUGCAAAUGACACACUGA